AUGACUUCUAUUUAUGAGAAACUAAGACCUGUUGUAUUCCAAGCCAAUCCCAUUUCCUAAUAGAGAUCUGCCUCAUAAUCAAUGAUGGGAGGGAAUAUCUCCAAAUAAUUUAACUCAUCUGGAGAGGUUCAGAAUUAUUUCAUGCAAUGCAGAAAGAAUGUCACUCAAUAACAUCAAACCACAAGAGAAAAAGAAAAUACUUUAAACACCACUUCUACCAUUAAAAAGGAUGAAAUAGCCUUUCUCAAACAGAGAAUUACACAAUUAGAAAAGAUGAACUCCCAUUAGAUCAAUGAAAACAACAAACUUAGCGAAAUCAUAUAAAGACACAUGGAAAACGAAAAGCUAUUUAAUAAAUCCCAAUUGUCUGAGAUCUAAUAUCAAACUUAAAUCUAAGAACUUGAAAAACAAAUUGUUCGUUUACAAAAUGAAAAUCAGGUUUUAUUAUAGAACAAAGAACAAUAUGAUUAGAUUGAACUAGACAAGUACAAAACCAAAUGCUAUCUAUUAUAAAAUAAAGUUAAAUAAUUUCAAGAAGAAAAAAGGAUUACUGAUCUACAAAAGAAAGGCAAGAAAUUAUACUUAGAGAACUAAUAAUUAAAAAGUACAAUUGAAUAUUUAUAAAGUGAAAACUCUACAAUGCAACAACAAUUGCUUACUAAAAGCACUGAAAAUCCAAAAUUUAAUUAAAAGGAUCACAAACUUUAGCUUGAAUUGCAAUCUUAGAUCAAAUAUAUGACUCAAAUCAUUGAUUUAGACCAAGUUAAAAUGAAAAAUCUAGAAGAAAAAGUAGAACUCUUAACCCAAGAAAACAGAAGACUCUAAGAAAUCACUAAGGAGAAAAUGAUAUGA